UAUGUAUUUUUUUUAGAGCUCAGUUCCCCAAAAAUUGUAAAAGCAGGAAAACUCAAGACAAAGAAACCCAACAAGGCUAGUGAUUUCAGCGAUAUGGCGAAUUGGCCAACACCAAGUGAAUUAGUGAACACUGGAUGUCAGAGUGUCAUCAACCAAGGAAAUAAGAAGCUACAAAAUAAAAAAGAAAGAGAAGACAAAUUUGAAAAGAGAAAUAACAGUGAGUGCAAAGAAACCAGAGAAACAAAAUUGGAUGGUCCUGGUGAAAAUGUCAGUGAGGAUGAAGCUCAGUUAAGUAAUCAACGAAAGAAAGCUAAUAAGCACAAGUGGGUACCACUCCACUUAGAUGAUGUAAGACCAGAUAGUCAAGAAAGACCAGGAUCCCGAAACAGCUCAAGAUGUCAACCUGAAACAAAUAAAUCAUCACAUAACAAUAGGAGAAGUGAUACACGAAGUUGGAGACGUGAUAGAGAAAAGAGAGAUGAUCAAGAUGAAGUUUCCAGUGUGAGAAGUGAAGGUGGUAAUAUCCGAGGCUCCUCUAGAGGACGAGGACGAGGCCGAGGACGCGGAAGAGGCCGAGGACGAGGAAAUCCUCGAUUGAAUUUUGAUUAUUCAUAUGGUUAUCGAGAGCAUGGUGAAAGGACUGAUCAACCAUUUCAAACAGAACUUAAUACCAGUAUGAUGUAUUACUAUGAUGAUGGUACAGGCGUACAGGUAUAUCCUGUGGAAGAAGCAUUGCUUAAAGAGUAUAUUAAGCGCCAAAUUGAAUAUUACUUCAGUAUAGAAAAUUUGGAACGGGAUUUCUUUCUUAGGAGAAAGAUGGAUGAACAAGGUUUCUUGCCUAUUUCCCUGAUUGCUGGUUUCCACCGUGUUCAGGCUCUCACUACAAACCUUAAUCUCAUUUUAGAGGCACUGAAAGAUAGCACAGAAGUGGAAAUUGUGGACGAGAAAAUGAGAAAAAAGAUAGAACCAGAAAAAUGGCCAAUUCCGGGCCCUCCUCCACGUAGGGUGCCACAAACAGACUUCUCUCAACUGAUUGACUGCCCAGAGUUUGUACCAGGCCAAGCCUUUUAUUCACAUACAGAGUCUGCCCCCAAUUCUCCAAGAAUUGGAAGUCCACUGAACCCAAAGAAAAGUAAUGAAACAAGUAAUCUUCAAGCAAUGACUAGAGUUUUAUCUACCAGUUUGCCUGACUUGGACUCAGAACCUUGGAUAGAAGUAAAAAAGAGACAUUGUUCAUCACCAGUGAAAUUGAAGGAAUCGGCGUCUCUACCUGAAGAGGCAUCAAAUCAACUCUGUCCUCCAGAUGAACAAGAGCAAGAAGAACUUGAUUUUUUAUUUGAUGAAGAGAUGGAGAAUAUAGGACAAAAAAACACAUUUACUGAUUGGUCUGAUAAUGAUUCAGAUUAUGAAAUUGAUGACCAUGAUUUAAACAAGAUUUUGAUUGUAACUCAGACACCACCUUACAUGAGAAAGCAUCCUGGAGGAGAUCGAACAGGCAACUACACAUCUCAGGCAAAAAUUACAUCUGAACUUGCUAAAGUUAUCAACGAUGGCUUGUAUUAUUAUGAGCAGGAUCUGUGGAUGGAAGAAGAUGAAAACACACACACAGCUAUAAAGCAAGAAGUUGAGAACUUUAAGAAGCUAAAUCUCAUUAGUAAAGAGCAGUUUGAAAACCUAACACCUGAACUUCCUUUUGAGCCAAACCAAGAAGUUCCUGUAGCACCUUCACAGUCCAGGCAAGAAAUAUCUUCAGCAACAACGGUGUGUUCACUGCCAACAGCAGUUCCAGAAUCUCCUAGAAUUUAUCCUGCAAGGACACCCAAAACACCUCGAACACCCAGGUUACAAGAUCCAAACAAAACACCAAGAUUUUAUCCUGUGGUUAAAGAAUCAAAAGCCCUUGAUAUAAAGAGUCCAAGAAAGAGAAAAACAAGACAUAGUACAAAUCCUCCUCUAGAGUGUCAUGUUGGUUGGGUAAUGGAUUCCAGAGAUCAUGGGCCAAGAACACCCUCUCUCAGCAGUUCAAAUGCUUCACCUUCAGAAGGUGCACAACUCAUAGGAAGUUAUGGAUGUACUCCUCAUUCAUUCCCAAAGUUCCAGCACCCUUCUCAUGAACUUUUGAAGGAAAAUGGCUUUACCCAACAAGUGUACCACAAGUAUCAUCGAAGAUGCCUAAGUGACAGAAAGCGCUUGGGAGUUGGCCAGUCCCAAGAAAUGAACACCCUCUUUCGUUUCUGGUCCUUUUUCCUCAGAGACCACUUCAAUAAAAAAAUGUACGAGGAAUUUAAACAACUUGCUUGGGAAGAUGCAAAAGAAAAUUACAGGUAUGGAUUAGAAUGUCUGUUCAGGUUUUAUAGUUAUGGACUGGAAAAAAAAUUCAGACAAGAAAUUUUUAAGGAUUUCCAAGAAGAAACCAAAAAAGACUACGAAUCUGGUCAGUUGUAUGGAUUAGAAAAGUUUUGGGCUUAUCUAAAAUAUUCUCAAUCUAAGACACAGUCUGUUGACCCAAAACUUCAGGAAUACCUCUGUAGCUUUAAGAGGUUAGAAGACUUCCGCGUUGAUCCCCCUAUUAGUGAGGAAUUUGGAAGAAAAAGACAUUCGUCUACUUCUGGUUCAGAGAGUGAUCGUCAGAGACUUCCAUCUAAUUCCUCCACAAAGUCACCAAAUGCUGCUAUGCCUGCAUCUGCCAAUCAGCUUCAGGUUCCAAUAAAUUCUCCCAGAAGGAAUACGUCACAAGAGUCCAGUGACAAUUCACACCAGAACAGUGCUGCCUCAGUCUCCACAAAUGGUGAAAUGUCUGAGAAGUAGACGCUUAUGAAAGUUGUUUGCCCUCAAAAUCAACAUUUACAUCAAUAUUUAUUUGGGAAAACCUUCUGAUGUUUAAUUGUGAUAACCAGAAAAAAGAAAAAGGAAGAAAAGUGGUAGCUUUUUUUUUUUUUUUUUUUUUAAAACAAGAUAAACUCUAAAAAUGUUUUCCCUGACUUCACAAACAAGGAUAGUUUUGGUGAUCUAUUAUGGAGAUCCGCUAGUAAUGAAUAAGUCUCAGUACUUCUUUUUCAAGGCCAUUGUUUACAAGAAUAGCAUUCCUUAAAUAUAUUCAAAAACAACACAAGGAAUGCCUAACAUUUCAGCUCAUACUUCUUAAAGAAGAUAUAGUAUGUUGUAUUCAUCUCUUCUAUAGAGCUUUCUUAAAAGAAUCCAAUUACCCCACUAUCAAUUCAUAUUUGAACUUAUCAAAAACAAAGGAAGAUUACGUAUAUAUUUUUUAAUUCAGAAAAAAGAAUAUGAAAUGAUACAUUUUCUUUUAGAUGUGUAAAGAAAACUUUUUUUUUUUUUUUUACAAAAGUAGAAAUAUAUUAAAGCAUACACACUUUGGAUGCUAGAUUUUGCUUUUUCCCGUGAGUUUAACCUCAUAAUUUCCAUAGUUGUUAUUGUGUUGGUGUGGAGUGUUUUGAAUUGGCAUUAGCUGGUUACAUAUUAGGAGUGAUUUACUUUUUGUGACUUUCUACAAACCUGCAAAAGUAAUGAAAACUGGGUUGGAAUUUUGUCCUAAAUUAAUUAAAUCUUGCACAGUUUUGAGUGCAUCUGCUGUUUGUACAUCUGCAGGUUGGUAGGUCACAAAUAGACUAUCUUCAAUUUGAAAGGAGUACUUAGAUUUUCUUUUUGUUUCUUUUAGUUUUGUUUUAUGCUUGUGUUUUUAAGAGUUAUAGCAAAUUGAUUUCUAAUUUUUAUUGCUAUUGCAACUGAUGUAAAUGAUAGUUUCAGCUUUUGUGGGAAUUUUAAAAAAUAAAGCACUUAUUCUAAAUUAUUUGAAUUGAUUUUUAAUUAUUUUUGUUUAGAAUAUAGUUGAAAAGCUGUAAUAUUCAAAUAUUGCUAUUAGAAGACCAUUAUGUUUUGUGAAUAAAGUUUCAGUUAUAAACAUAUCCAUUUUUAUUUAGCACAUAUUUUCUUUUAUUGGCUGUAGCAGCUGGUUUAAUACACUAAAUUAAUUAUUUUUUGAUGUUCUUAUAGAAUGGCAGCAUUGAAAUACAUAGAACCUUGUUUUGACAAAUGAGCUAUUUUCCAUGCAUAAAUAAUCAUUUUCAGUUUUAUAAUAUUUAAUAUUUGGGUGGUCAUUUUGAUGUUUUAAUUUUAAGAAAGUCGAAUUUGAAUAUUUAGAAAAUAAAUUUUACUUAGAGAUUUUAGAUAGGUAAUACAAAACAACUAAUGGAUUAGGAUAAUACAUUUUAAAAUGUUUUCUUCAAAAAAUGUAUAGUUUUGGCUUUUCCAUGAGAAAUUCCCAAACCAUGCUUAUUACUUUGAAGUUGUCUCUUGAAAUGAUUGAUCUAAAAUUUUUUUUCCAAUAUCUCUUUUGUGUUGAACACAUACAUCUGAAACCUGUAUUUAAUCUAAGAUUUUGUACUCAAAUAUGGAAGUGCAAAUUUGGAAAAUUGUAUAUUUUAUAUGAAAAUACAGUAAUCAAGAGUUUU